GACACAACUAUGCGCCAGGAUUGGUUUGACACACACCACCCCUGUGCCACAGGAUCAUGUACAGUAUUCGAGUAGGUUAGUAGUAGAUGUUUAUAUGUUGAUCUCUAUAAUAACAUUACAUCCAUAUUGGCUGCGUUAGGUUACUUCCUUAGCUUAAGCUUUAGCUUUAGCUUGCUGUCACGCUGUUAAAUAAUAUAGCACCAGAAGUUGCUAGCUGGUUGCACUGAUUACAUUGGAAGGACAAUCAUGGCUUACACACAGAUACUGAGAGCCCUGCAUCGGGGGUUCCAGUCCUCGGCCACGCAUCACUACACGGUGCACGCGUGUAAACUCACGCAGGUCAGCUUGUUCGUCCACACCCACCGGACCGUGUGGACCCCGAGCCUCCACAGCCGAGCCGGGGCUGCUCCGCCCGCUCUGCCCGCUCUAUGCUGCCUCUCCCGGCGGAGUCUCUAUGUUGACGUCCCGGCCAGAAACCGGAGCAGCCCCGAGGACAGGGAAAGAUCUGUGUCCAGGUUUCAGAGCCAGACGCCUUCAGGCGCACAGAAAGUGAAGGAGGCUGGCAGAGACUUCACCUACUUGAUUGUUGUACUAAUAGGACUUGGAGUGACAGGUGGCCUCUUAUUUGUGGUGUUCCAGGAGCUGUUUUCUUCCUCCAGUCCAAAUAAAAUCUAUGGGAAAGCCUUUGACAAAGUCAAGUCACACCCUGAGGUGAUCGGAGCAUUCGGGGAGCCAAUCAAAUGUUAUGGUGAGACCACACGUCGAGGAAGGAGACAGCAAGUCCGUCACACAGAGUACCUGAAGGACGGACUGAAGCAUCUGCAACUUAAGUUUUACAUCGAAGGCAUUGAACCAGGACUCAAAGGAACUGUACAUUCAGAGUCAAAAGAGAACAAUGAAACAGGAAAAUACGAGUUUCGAUACAUAUUUGUGGAAGUGGACACCUACCCAAGACGGUCGAUCAUUGUGGAAGAUAACCGAUAAGAGAAGAUGUGGAACUCGCUGAAUAAAUGUGGAUAAUGUGUUUCUAAAGCAGGUUUGUGUUAUUGGACAAAUAGCUAUGAGUGUAAACUGUGAUUCAUGAAUAAAACGCCUUGUGUCAACAA